AUGGCGUUUACUGUUUUACAAUUCCUCUUGUUUUCACUCUUCUUUAUUGUUGUCACAUCACAAGACCAAAAUCACAGAGUCUGUAUGAUCGACUUUGGUGCUAUUAGUAUGGAUACCAAUUCAAAGUACUUAAACAAGUCGUAUGAUUGUUAUGAUCGAAUACCAGACCCCAAGAAAGAAAUUUUUGCUAUGAAUUUGAACAUGGCAUGUUAUGUCCACGAAAAAAUGAUGUUUCUCCACACCUCAUCAAGAACCAUCAAUAGAUGUGGGCAAUGGCUUCAAAUCGUCGGCUCAUCACAAACUCAGAUGAAUUGCAUGAUAGCUGGAUAUAGAAAUUAUAUCAGACCAACUUUAACUGGCGAUAAAGAGGAAAGACUGAUUGCAGUGCAACCACACCUUUUCAAAACUUUAACCGCCGGUUUUGUAAAUCAAGCAGAAGAUAUGACACAAGUGACUGUUUCAUUCAGUGAUAUUGGGUUGUCUGCUACACCAGUUUUGUUCGUUCUGAAUAGAACAGAAACUGAAGUCAAUUUGCAGAUAGUGAAUGCCAAUAAAGUGCAAUCAAAAAUAGCAUUAGGUCGUGUUUCAACUAAAGAGUUGUUAUAUUUCGAUAAAAAUCUCGACGACACAUUCACUCUUCCUUUAUACAAUGAGAAUAUUUAUGUCUCUUUAAUAGCUUUAGACAGUGAAAAUAUUAAUAUUGAUAACAUCAAUUUGGCCACUGGAGAUCGAUACGCGUCGGGUGUUAGAUUUGAGCAAAACAAGAUUUUAAAGUGCAAGUUCUUUACAGAAAUUCAAGUCUUUGAAGAAGGCAGUGCAUUUGAAGAACUCAUGUUCUUCAAAUGGUAUAUCAAACAUAUUAAUAUGGAUGGCACUGGAACAAUGUACGACUCUGCACUUAAAAAUAUUGUGUUGAACAUUAAAGAUCAACAAACAAAAAUAUCGUUUUUCUACCCAACUGAAAUUUUGAUGAACAACGACUUCAGUGAAUUCCUUUUUAAAUUCACUCUCAGUGAUUUGGAGGGGUUUGAGUUGAUUAGAGCCGAUUUGGAGUUGAGUACCGACUAUACAAAAGUCGACGAAGAAAACACAUAUUACACAGAGGAACACUUAAUCACCAAAUUAACUAUUAACCAAACUAUAAAUAAGGUAAAAAUUAAAGCCAUAUUUGAUAAAACACUCAAAGUGUUUUCUAAUACAAUUUCUUUUGUGUUCAAAACACGAGUUGGAAGCCAACUUACUAUUGGAACUUCUUAUCUCACUAGAUCGGACUUUUAUGAUAAUCAACCAGACUGUAAUAGUACUUCCUUCGAUUGCGAACAUACAGAGUGCUUGACUUUGGACAAUGACACGGUCGAAGACGGACCUAAUCCUUUCACUAAACAAUGUCGACCAACAUGUGGUACUUGUUUUGAUGUCUUUAAAUGUUCCACAUCAGGAAAGUGUGUCAAUGAAAAGGUUAUUAAUCUUCGAAACAAUAGUUAUGGUUCAUCGUUGUUGUUAUCCCUUAUUCUCUUGGCUUUAUUAUUGUAA